AUGGUGGCAGUGGUGAAUGUGGAGCUGGUGGUGGAGAUGAUGGUGGCGAAGGCGAAUGUGGAGGUGGUGGUGGAGGCGAUGGCGGAGGUGGAUGAAGAAGCGGUGGCAGUGGCGAAUGCGAAUGUGGAGGUGGUGGUGGUAGUAGAGGUGGCGGUGGUGAAUGUGGAGCUGGUGGUGGAGAUGAUGGUGGCGAAGGCGAAUGUGGAGGUGGUGGUGGAGGCAGUGGCAGAGGUGGAUGAAGAAGCGGUGGUAGUGGCGAAUGCGAAUGUGGAGCUCAUAUCGCAUUCUAGUUGCAGAGGCCGACAUCGAAUCCAGAGGAGCAAGAUGAGUCGUGGAGCAGGAGGUGCGGGAGCCAAGGGCGGAAAGAAGAAGACAUCGACGUUUGUGAUUGAUUGUGGAAAGCCUGUUGAAGACAAGAUUAUGGAGAUUGCAUCACUUGAGAAGUUUCUUCAGGAGAGAAUCAAGGUUGGCGGCAAGGCCGGUAACCUCGGUGACUCUGUUACCAUUUCACGCGAAAAGAACAAGAUCUCCGUCACCUCCGAUAGCAACUUCUCCAAAAGGUAUCUGAAAUACCUAACGAAGAAAUACUUGAAGAAACACAAUGUGAGAGAUUGGCUCCGAGUGAUUGCAUCCAACAAAGAUCGCAAUGUGUAUGAAUUGAGGUACUUCAACAUUGCUGAGAAUGAGGGUGAAGAGGAAGACUGAGCUGAUCAGACAAGUUGAUUUUGCUUUUAUGUUUGUUUUUUUUUUUUUUUGGCU